UUGUGCCAGCCCACCCACAGCCGGAACCACGCGCAAGGCCACCACCCAAACGGCUAUAAUUAGAGGAGAGACACGGUUCCCAUAAUCCCCUUGCUCUUGCCUCCUCCUCCUCCUCAACUCGCUAUUCCUUUCCGCUCCCUCACCACGCGCAAACGUCCGCAACCCUCGUAUUUGCACGUAUUUCCGCACAACACCCUCCCCUGUACGAACUCCGACAGCGGAGACACGAACCGAGCCGUGUCGACAACAAACAAUUAGCCAACACCCCGAGGACACCAGCGCAAAAACACCGCCCGCCACCGGGCGCCCAAGAGACCGCCGGCGGCCGAUCGGAGCACCAUUGGAGCCGCGCGCGCCCCUCCGCCUGCCCCCGCGCUCCGGGCGCCCCGGCCGAGGCCACCUGCUGACCCGUUCGUCCGGCCCGUCGCAGCGCCGUCGCCCGCGCUGCCGCGAUGGAGUCCGCCGGCUACUACACCAACUGCAAGAAGACCGACGGAAUCUGCGAGGGCAUCUGCGACGGCGAGCAUGGUUCAAAGGCUGUUCUGAGCAUGUCAAGGCUGAAGUGUGCACUUCGGGGGUUUGAUUUAAAGGCCCUUCUGUUCCUGCUGAUUGGUGUGCCGAUUAUAAUCUUUGUCAUAUAUGUUCAUGGCCAGAAGGUCACUUAUUUCCUCAGACCAAUCUGGGAGAAGCCCCCGAAGCCUUUCACAGUACUUCCUCACUACUAUCAUGAAAAUGCUUCGAUGGCAAACCUCUGCAAGUUGCAUGGAUGGAAGGUCCGGGAGGCUCCACGGCGUGUCUUUGACGCGGUGCUUUUCAGCAACGAGCUUGACAUUCUUGAUAUCCGUUGGCACGAGCUUAGCCCGUAUGUGUCAGAAUUUGUGCUGCUCGAGUCCAAUUCAACAUUUACUGGCCUUGAAAAGAAGCUCCACUUCAAGGAAAACCGCCAAAAGUUUGAGUUUGCUGAAUCACGGUUGACCUAUGGUAUGAUAGGCGGAAGGUUUGUGAAGGGGGAGAACCCAUUUGUGGAGGAAUCCUAUCAGAGAGUCGCGCUUGACCAGCUUCUAAAGAUCGCCGGAAUCACCGACGAUGACCUGUUGAUUAUGUCGGAUGUUGAUGAGAUCCCAAGUGGCCAUACAAUCAACCUGUUGAGAUGGUGCGAUGAUACGCCCGAGAUACUUCACCUUCAGCUGAAGAACUAUCUCUACUCAUUUCAAUUUAUGCUUGAUGAUAAGAGUUGGAGGGCUUCGGUACACAGAUACCGAGCGGGGAAGACGAGGUAUGCCCAUUACCGGCAGACUGAUGACCUUCUGGCGGACUCGGGGUGGCACUGCAGCUUUUGCUUUCGGUACAUAAAUGAUUUUGUCUUCAAAAUGAAAGCCUACAGCCAUGUGGACCGGAUCAGAUUCAGCUACUUCUUGAACCCCAAAAGAAUUCAGCAUGUGAUAUGCCAAGGGGCUGAUCUCUUUGAUAUGCUUCCGGAGGAGUACACGUUCCAAGAGAUCAUCGCCAAGCUUGGGCCGAUCCCAAGUACGUAUUCGGCGGUUCAUCUUCCCGCCUAUCUGCUCGAGAAGGUUGAUCAGUACAGGUAUCUUCUUCCUGGCAACUGCAUGAGAGAAAGUGGGUAGCCUCUGGUGUUUGCAUCAAUAUGUGAUGCCCCCCUUGGGGAAGAGCGUGGCUUAGCGGUUGUAUUUGAUACCAGUGGCUGGCUGACUUAGUUGGAAUGGCGGUUGUGUUGGGUUCAUGAUUUUGUACCAUGUAAUUCAAAACAAUGGAAGGAGGGCCUGACAGCAUAGCGCAUGCUCCGUCGGCCGCUGCGUGCUUGUUUUAUUUUUGGAAGAGGAGCUUAGCAAUGUGCUUCCAACCUGAGUCUCUUGUUGAUUCAUUGCUUCCAUGAUUGAUUUAUGAACUCAGAAAAUAUAUUGUAGAUUACAGACUGA